UUACGAUAAGUGAAUUGUGUUUGUGAAAAUAUAAGUAACGUGAACAAUGCCUCCGAAAACUAGUGGAAAGGCAGCCAAGAAGGCUGGCAAGGCUCAGAAGAACAUCACCAAGACCGACAAGAAAAAGAAGCGCAAAAGGAAGGAGAGCUAUGCCAUCUACAUUUACAAGGUUCUCAAGCAGGUCCAUCCUGACACCGGAAUUUCGUCGAAGGCGAUGAGCAUAAUGAACAGCUUUGUAAAUGAUAUUUUCGAGCGAAUUGCUGCCGAAGCGUCUCGUCUAGCUCACUACAACAAGCGCUCGACCAUCACCAGUCGGGAGAUCCAAACGGCUGUUCGCCUGCUUUUGCCUGGAGAGUUGGCCAAGCAUGCUGUCAGUGAGGGAACCAAGGCUGUCACCAAGUACACCAGCUCUAAAUAAUUUUCUCCUGCGAAUGCGGACAAUAAUCCAAAACGGCCCUUUUCAGGGCCACAAUGUGUUAUACCAAAGAAAUGCAUUUUUCAACUACCAAUCAUCGAAUAUGAAUUUACAAAUAAAACUUAUUUACCCGCAAUAUGGGUAAUUGGGUAAUGUUCAAAUAAAUACAAAAAAAUCGGG